CGCAGAAUGCUAAGUCUUUGCUAUAAUUCUGCUAUGGAACCAGAACACACAAGCCCAGAAAGCAAAGGGAGUAACUGGGACAUAAAUGACAUGAAACUUCCACAGGAUCCAGAACAAACUGACUGGUUCCAGGAGUGGCCUGAUUCAUAUGUAAAGCAUAUUUACAGCUCCUCCAACAGAAAUGCACAGAGACAUUUAAGUGGGUGGGCAAUGAGGAACACCAAUAAUCACAACUCACGCAUUCUGAAGAAGUCCUGCCUUGGCGUUCUUGUGUGCAGCAAUGACUGCACAGUCCCAGAUGGAAGAAAGGUAUAUCUGAGGCCUGCUAUAUGUGAUAAGGCACGGCAAAAACAGCAAAGUAAACACUGCCCAAACUGCAGCGGUCCUUUAAAACUAAUUUCUUGCCGGGGUCAUGGUGGAUUUCCAGUUACCAAUUUCUGGAGGCAUGAAGGACCAUACAUAUAUUUUCAGACAAAGGGAGUUCAUGACCAUCCAAAGCCAGAAACAAAACUCGAGUCAGAAAGCAGAAAGGUUGGCCAUAAGAAGCGCAAUGCGAUUGUAACCACCAAACUUGGACUAAAAAGGAGCAGGAAUGAUGAGGCCCUUACAGGUGAAAAAGCUGAUCAGGAGAACCUUUCAAACACACCCUUAGACCAGGAUACUCAAGCAAUGCUAUAUGAUUUAAAUGACAUGGAAAUGGAUAACUCAGAAACGGAGAAUAUACUUAACAACUGCCUUAACAGCUAUAAUUUUGAAAAAGAUUUAAAUCAACUGGAAAAUAUAAGUGACCUAGAAUGGAGCAAAAAUCUAAGCAGAGACAAUCAGAAUGAGAGCAAUCAAUGCAUUGGAGGCGAGUUAAGCUCAACUAUGGAAUUUGAUUUUUACAGUGAAGAUCAGCAAAUGUGGAACAAAGUUUUCAUUGCAAAGAAUCAACAUAUGCAACCACUAGAAAACCUAUGUUGGGAAAAAUCACCUUUGCAAAGCUGCCAUGGCUUAUAUAACCAACAAAUUUCUAAUGUGGAACCUUCAAUAAUAGAUGGGCUCCUAAACUUUAAAUCUAAUGCAGAUGAUGUACACGAAGGCAUGCUGCAUGUGAACCAUAACAAUAGUGCAUCAUCGUCAGCUGUCUACCGGCUCUGCCAGGAGGACUCCUACCUAUUUAGAUAUAAUCCUAAUCAUUUUUCUCCAAUCUUAUAACAGCAACUGAGUUCAAGAAAUGAAGGAAGGUCCUCAUUCAUUUUACCAGUGGCACCGUCGACAAAAUUCCCAGAUCAUGGAUUGCCUGAAGUCAUGUGUGGGUUUUCCCAAUAGCUUUCCUUUUUAAUAUCCAUUUGUUUUGAUACGGUCUGCACAUGAAAAGACUGAAUUUGCUGGAACUAUUUUAGCUUGUUUUAUGUGCAGUCAUUAUUAAGUAGUGUUCAUCAUAAAUAUUUUAUCUGUGGUGGAGAGGCACUCCUCCUGAAUAAGACUUUAAAAUCUCUGCAUCAGAAAUCCAUUUGAUACUGGAUACAUGUGAGUUGGUGCUAGCAAAUCAAACCACAUUUUAUUUUUGUCAAUAAAAUCUCUGAGACAAUUUUGAAAGCAUUUUACAACAUCUUAUCAUUAUCAUCUUAUCAUGCCUCAAAAAUUCUUGUUUUAUUUGGUUUUUGUAAAAAUAUUUAGGAAUCACACUGAACAACCUUUCCUAUCAUCUCAUACAAUAUAGUUGUGUGAUGGCAACACAUUGAACAAAUGAAAGGCACAGAAACAAUACACAUGCCAAUUUUUGUUCUAGAAAAUGUUUGUGAAUUGAUAGGAGAGAGUGUAAAACUCAGACUUCUGGACAGAUUUAUUAUUCAUAUAUUUGAUGGUCAGGUAAUUCAAAUCACCCUGCCUUUUGGUGACCCAUAGGGUGUAGAUUUCUCUUUUUAAUGUGUAUAUAAGAUUGGCUUAACUAACUAUGUUGCAUGAAGAUAGUGACUAUGUGACUGUGACAUCCACUUGUGACACUACAUUUGGUAGGUGAUCUGGUUAAGUGCAUCUCUUCAGUUUUGUUUAUAUGUGUUUUUUUAACAUGUUCUAAUUGCCUGCAUAUUGCUUGUGCCCCUGUUAUUUUUAGGGGGUUGAAACAUGUUGGGCUUUAUUCUAAUGUAGCUAUCAAUAAAGUCAUUAACUUAACUUUU